UCUCUCCGACUCGGAACUCGGAGUGAAGUGGCUAUAUUAAAGAAGAAAUAAACAUCGUAUGAUUCUCCAGAUCUGUUCAGCCACCUUCGGUUGAAUUCAUCGCCCACCCUCAGAUCCGAUAUGUCAAUCAGAGUUGCCUUUCUAUGCUUAUUACUUAUUAUCACAACUUAUUCUAUUUCAGCUGUUUCUGCUGAUUCCAUCUAUGGCUGCGGUGGAUUUGUCGAGGCGAGCUCGUCGUUGGUAAAGUCGAGGAAACAAACUGAUGCCAAAUUGGAUUAUUCUCAUGUCACGGUUGAGCUUCAAACUGUGGAUGGACUGGUAAAGGAUAGAACACAGUGUGCUCCAAAUGGAUACUAUUUUAUUCCAGUAUAUGACAAGGGCUCCUUUGUUAUUAAAAUUAAUGGACCUGAAGGAUGGUCAUGGGAUCCAGAAAAGGUUCCUGUUGUGGUUGACAAUCAUGGUUGCAAUGGCAAUGAAGAUAUAAAUUUUCGUUUCACAGGGUUCACUAUAUCUGGUAGAGUUGUGGGAGCUGUAGGUGGAGAAAGUUGUUCAGUUAAAAACGGAGGUCCUUCAAAUGUAAAAGUUGAAUUGUUGUCUCCUUCCGGGGAUCUUGUCUCUUCUGUCUUAACUUCGCCAUCAGGGGAUUACUUGUUUACAAAUAUAAUUCCAGGAAAAUACGAGUUACGAGCUUCUAAUCCUAAUAUGAAAGUUGAAGUUAAAGGUUCAACGCAGGUGGAAUUGGGCUUUGGAAAUCGGAUAGUUGAUGAUGUUUUCUUUGUCCCUGGGUAUAGUAUCAGUGGGUUUGUUGUUGCUCAGGGAAAUCCAAUAUUAGGAGUCCAUAUUUUCUUAUAUUCAGAUGAUGUUUCUGAGGUGGAAUGUUUUCAAGGUUCUGCUAAUGGCCCAGAACAAGGAGGUUCUCUCUGCCAUGCUGUAUCAGAUGCUGAUGGAAAGUUCACAUUCAAUUCAAUACCUUGCGGAACUUAUGAACUUGUGCCAUACUAUAAGGGUGAAAAUACAGUAUUUGAUGUUUCGCCAUCCAGUGUCUCAGUUAAUGUUAAGCAUCAACAUGUGACAGUGCCUCAAAAAUUUCAGGUAACUGGAUUUUCUGUUGGGGGCCGUGUAGUUGAUGGAAAUGAAAUGGGAGUGGAGGGUGUUAAAAUCAUAGUUGAUGGUCAUGAAAGGUCUAUUACUGACAAUCAAGGAUAUUAUAGGCUUGAUCAGGUUACAUCCAAGCACUAUACUAUAGAGGCCCGAAAGGAGCAUUACAAAUUCAAGAAGUUGGAAAAUUAUAUGGUAUUGCCAAAUAUGGCUUCAAUAGAAGACAUUAACGCCAUUUCAUAUGAUCUUUGCGGUUUAGUUAGGAUGGUUAGUGGUGGCCAGAAAGCAAAGGUGGCUUUGACUCAUGGACCUGAUAAUGUGAAACCACAAAAGAAACAAACAGAUGGAAAUGGAAACUUCUGCUUUGAGGUUCUGCCUGGUGAAUAUCGCUUAUCAGCUAUUGCUGCUACUCCUGAGAAUUCUGCUGGACUCAUGUUCGCUCCAUCUUAUAUCGAUGUUGUGGUUAAGAGUCCAUUGUUGAAUGUUGAAUUUUCACAGGCUUUGGUCAAUAUUCACGGUGCUGUAGCCUGCAAGGAGAAUUGUGGUCCGUCUGUAUCUGUUAGUCUUGUGAGACAGGUUGAUAAACAUAAUGAAGAGAGAAAGACAAUUAGCUUAACCGCCGAGAGUAGUGAAUUUCUGUUUUCAGAUGUUAUUCCUGGAAAAUACAGACUUGAGGUCAAACAUAGUUCCCCUGAAUCAGUGACCUUAGAAGAUAAUUGGUGCUGGGAGCAGAGCUUCAUAGAUGUAAAUGUUGGAGCUGAGGACUUGGAAGGAAUUAUUUUUGUUCAAAAAGGCUACUGGGUCAAUGUUAUCUCCACUCAUAAUGUUGAUGGUUCCAUGACUCGACCAGAUGGAUCAACUGUGAAUUUGAAGAUUCAGAAAGGUUCCCAGCAUAUAUGUGUAGAAUAUCCUGGAGCAUAUGAAUUUAAUUUUGUUGAUUCGUGUAUCUUCUUUGGGAGCUCAUCUGUGAAAAUUGAUACAUCUAAUCUAUCGCCAAUCCAUCUAAAAGGAGAAAAGUAUCUUCUUAAAGGACAAAUACAUGUGCAGUCCAGCUCACUUAAUGCAUUGCCUGAGAAUGUAGUUGUUGAUAUUCAACAUGAUGGAGCUGGUGUUAUUGAUCAAGCUACGGCCAUACUUCAGUCUCAUGGGAAAGAUCAAACAAAUAACGCUAUCUUAGAGUAUUCUAUUUGGGCCAUUCUUGGAGAAAAGCUUACCUUUGUUCCUCGGGACUCAAGGAAUGAUGGGGAGCAAAAACUUUUAUUUUAUCCUAGAGAACAUCAUGUAUCAGUGACAGAUGAUAAUUGUCAAGCUUAUAUUCCUACAUUUUCUUGUCGGCUGGGUAUAUAUAUUGAAGGAUCAGUUUCGCUUCCUCUUUCUGGUGUCCAUAUCCGGAUUUUUGCUGCUGGAGACAGCAGUAUCACUGCACUCAAAAGUGGUGAAUUAGUGCUUGAAACAACCACUGGGACUGAUGGCUCCUUUGUGGCAGGUCCUCUGCAUGAUGACGUUGGUUACAAUGUUGAGGCUUCAAAGCCUGGUUAUCAUUUAAAACAAGUUGGGCCUUAUUCCUUUAGUUGUCAGAAGCUUAGUCAAAUUUCAGUACACGUACAUCACAAGGAUGAUGCUGGAGAACCCAUUCCUUCUGUUCUGUUAUCUUUGAGCGGUGACAACGGUUAUAGAAACAACUCAGUAUCUGGGGCUAGAGGGACAUUCCUGUUUGAUAAUUUGUUUCCUGGAAUGUUCUAUUUGCGUCCUGUUUUGAAGGAGUAUGCUUUCUCACCUCCAGCACAGGCGAUAGAGCUCGGAGCAGGGGAGUUUAGGGAAGUUAUUUUCCAGGCCACGCGCGUAGCCUACAGUGCAACAGGCUUAGUCACUCUGUUGUCUGGCCAACCCAAAGCAGGAGUUUCAGUUGAAGCCCGGUCAGAGUCAAAAGGCUAUUUUGAGGAAACUGUAACAGACUCCUCUGGGAAAUUUCGUCUGAGAGGUCUAAUGCCUGAUACUGUGUAUGUUGUUAAAGUAGCUAAAAGGGAUGUCAUAGACAGCACUAAUAUAGAGCGUGCAUCUCCAGAUUCUAUUGCCAUCAAGGUUGGAACUGAGGAUAUCAACGGUUUGGAUUUUAUAGUUUUUGAGGAGCCUGAAGUGACAAUUGUAAGUUGCCACGUUGAAGGAAAUGGUACGGAUGAACUACGCAAACACCUGAUGGCAGAAAUAAGGUCAGCUAGUGACCCAACUAAGAUAGAGUCAGUCUUCCCCCUGCCAAUUUCUAACUUCUUCCAAGUAAAGGGCUUAUCAAAGGGCAGACACCUUAUACAGCUUCGAUCUGGUCUCUCUUCAAGCUCGCUUAGAUUUGAAUCUGAUAUCAUUGAGGUCGACUUGGAGAAAAAUAUUCAAAUCCAUGUGGGCCCUCUGAGAUACAGGAUUGAAGAUCAGCUGAAGCAGGAGCUGACUCCAGCACCAGUAUUCCCUCUUAUAGCUGGAUUUCUAGUUGUUACACUAUUUCUCAGCAUGCCAAGAUUGAAGGAUUUGUAUCAAGCCACGGUAGACAUACCCACACCUGGACAUACUGCGACUUCAAGAAAAGAUGUGAGGAAGCCAAUGUUGCGAAAGAAGACUUAUUAAAUCCCCUUUCCUACCACACAAAGCUUGUGUUAGUGUAACUGCUCUUAGUUGAGUUAGUUUGACAGCAUUCACGUUCUCUGAUAGGUUCGGAUGUUUUUCUUUAUUAAUCUGGAGGGGCAAAUGCAAAUAGAAUGUAAUUAAUAUUCUUCCUUGAUUGUUAGGCUCAUUUUUUGUACUUAACUUUUUGGCGUUGGAGCAAACGCAAAUAGAAGCAAUAUUUUUUAGCGGCGAAGGUACUAAGCUUGGACGUUUUGACCCUGCUUGGAAGUGCAUGAUUUGUUAAUCAUACGAUGGAAGAACUAGGUUUUGCAAAUUAAUUA